AGACAAUUAGAAAAAAAAAAAUGGCUGGGAGAUUCUGUCAAAAAGACGGUGGGAUCAUGACGGCGAUGGUGGCGGUUGUGAUCUCCGACGUCGGAAUGAAUACUCUGUUCAAAGCAGCUAGCUCAAAAGGAAUGAGCUCGUAUGUCUUCCUAGUUUAUUCUUAUGGAAUCGGAGCUCUUCUUCUUCUUCCUUCUCCUUUCCUCACUCACAGGUCAAGAUCUCUCCCACCAUUAAAAUUCUCAGUUCUAUGUAAAAUGGGACUUCUUGGAUUACUUGGAUGUGUGUAUUUGAUGUUGGGGUACACAGGAAUCAAAUAUAGUUCUCCUACUUUGGCAUCAGCAAUGAGUAAUCUCACUCCUGCUUUCACUUUCCUCUUUGCUCUUCUCUUUGGAAUGGAGAAGGUAUCUAUAAAGAAAAAUAGCAGCGUAGCUAAAGUAGUUGGGACAAUAGUUUGCAUAGUGGGUGCACUUGUGGCCACUCUAUACCAUGGCCCCAUCAUCUUCGCCGCAUCUCAGCCGUCCGUUUAUCUCCCUCAGCCUCUUUUGGCACCUCCAUCGCCACCGUCAAAUUCUAAUUGGGUUAUCGGCGGAGGUCUUUUAGCCCUUGAGUACACUCUCAUUGCCGUCUCUUACAUUAUUCAGACACACAUAAUGAGGGAAUAUCCGUCGGAAUUUGCCUUGGCACUUUCCCACAAUGUCUGCGUUUCAAUCUCUUGUGCAUUUGUUAGUUUAUUUGCGGAGAAGAACAAUCCUAACGCGUGGAUUAUGAGAUCGAAAAUUAUGUUGGUAUGCAUCGUCGCAACGGGACUGGUAAAUACGACGGGCUAUGUUGUUGAGUCAUGGACAGUGCGACAUAAGGGGCCAGUAUUUCUAGCGAUGUUCAGGCCAUUAUCUAUAUUAACCGCAGUGGUACUAGGGGCAAUAUUUCUAGGCGAUUCUCUCUAUCUCGGAAGUGUGAUUGGUGGAACGUUGAUAUCAAUCGGUUUUUACACGGUAAUGUGGGGAAAAGCAAAGGAAGAGAAGGCUGAUAUCGAAACUAAUGUCGCAACAUCGUCGCAUUCGAAGAGAGUUCCGCUUUUGAUGAAUUAUGCCGCAGAGAAACAAGUCUAACAUUGUAGCAUUUUGUACUGGUGUAGGAACAAUUAAUUUUCAAGAUUUCA